AAUUCAAACUAGUUGACAUCGGUGUUAGGGUUUCUUGUUUGAAGAGCCCGCGAGCUCAGUCGGAGGAUCCGGCGUUUUGUGAAGCUCUGAGCUAGUCGCGUCUACGCAGUUACUUCGAUCGCUUGGAAGCCAGUUGCGCAUUGUGUGUGCCGGGGGUUUUGAGUUUAGGGGUGGAGCUAUGGGGGCCACAGGGGGAGUGAAGGACGCAGGUAGUGAGCAGGUGGUAGAGUCAGGGCACCAGGAUGUGGUGCACGAUGUGGCCGUGGAUUACUAUGGUAAGCGAAUGGCGUCGUGUUCCUCAGAUCGGUUGAUAAAGGUGUUCGCCGUCGGCUCUGGAGAUGUGCCUACAAUGCCUCUCGCAAGCUUGUCCGGGCAUGAAGGUCCUGUGUGGCAGGUGGCAUGGGCGCAUCCCAAGUUCGGGAGCAUUUUGGCUUCGUGUUCUUAUGAUCGGAAGGUUAUUGUGUGGAGAGAAGGUGCCGAGAACGAAUGGCAGAAAGAUCAGGUAUUCCAGGAGCAUGAGUCAUCAGUGAACAGUAUUUGCUGGGCACCCAGUGAGUUCGGGCUGUGUCUAGCUUGUGGGUCAUCAGAUGGGACUAUUUCUGUUCUUACACACAAGCCGGAUGGUUCAUGGGAAAAAGUCAAGAUAGAGCAGGCUCAUCCCGUGGGGGUGACUUCUGUGUCGUGGGCGCCUGCAAGUGCUCCGGGGUCUCUUAUUGGACCUGACCCAGGGCCUGUUCAGAAACUUGCGUCUGGUGGUUGUGACAACACCGUGAAGGUCUGGAAAUUUGUGAAUAAUAACUGGAAGCUAGAUUGCUUUCCUCCUCUUUCUAAGCAUGUCGACUGGGUACGAGAUGUUGCAUGGGCUCCUAAUCUUGGUCUCGUGCGUUCCACUAUCGCUAGUGCAUCCCAAGAUGGCACAGUUGUCAUUUGGACCCAGGCUAAAGAUGGGGACCAAUGGCAGCCUCUGACUUUGAAUGAUUUCAAGACUCCAGUGUGGCGGGUAAGCUGGUCUCUUACAGGAAAUAUAUUAGCUGUGUCAGACUCAUGCAACAAGGUGACGUUAUGGAAAGAAGAAGUUGAUGGUGAGUGGGCACAAGUUACGAGUGUGUAAUAGUUUUGAACUUUUUAAUUCAGCUUCGGUCAUUAAAAUUUCCUGUUGUAGCGUGAAUGGUGUAAAGCAAAUUUCGUGUAGAUAGAAUAUAAGCAAUCAUUUAUGAUGAAGCCUGUGGAAGCUCUAGAAAGCUGCAGAGAAGUUGUCUGCAUAUUUGAAUGGUGGACUUUUCUGGACACGUUGCUACACCACACAGUGAAUCCAUUCUAUUUAUCUUUUUAACCUCUUGA